UUCGUGGGGUUUUAACCAUCCCAUCCCUCUCUGCACCAAAACCCUAGCCAUGCCGGCGAUCUUCUCGCCGGAGUCUCUCUCGGCCGCCGGCAAAUCCUCCGAAAAGCUCAGCCUCCCUUCUCUCCAAUCAAAGAUGAAAUCGGACCCAAGCGGAUACUUAUCGGAGCUCCAACUGAUCAUUCGCCGCUUCGAGUCGUCGCUCGACCUCUUUCACCGGAGCUCCGCCCUCAAUCCCUCGUCGGAUCCCGCACUCGCCAAGGAGCUCGCGGAUCUGGCGAUGUUUCUCGCGCACGUGUCGCCGUUUUACGCGGAGGAGUUGAGGGAGUUCCCGAACCAGGUCGCGGAGUUGCUGAGGGAGGAUGGGAGGGCGUUGCCCUCUUCGUUGAGGUGUCACUUGGCUCAGGCUUUGAUUCUUCUUAUUAAUAGAAAGGUUGUUGGUAUUGAAGAAACUCUUGAAUUGUUUAUGGAGCUUCAAGUAGUGGGUGAUCGGACAUUAAGAAAAUUGGCAUUUUCGCAUGUUGUGCACACAAUACGACGCAUGAAUCAAAAGCAUAAAAAUGAAGUUCAUAACCGCAGAUUGCAAACCAUAUUAAGAACCAUGCUCGAGGGGCAGGACGAGGCAAGGGCCAAGAGGGCACUUGUUAUUCUUUGUGAUCUUCAUCGAAGGAGGGUGUGGUUUGAUGAGCAGACAGCCAAUGCCAUUUGUACUGCAUGUCUUCACCCAUCUUCAAAGAUUUUAACUUCUGCUCUCUCCUUCAUCCUGGGUUACGAACGGGUUGAAGAUGAGAAUGAUAGUGAAGAAUCUAGUGGUGAGGAUGACACAACUAGUCAAAAGUCGCAAAUUGUUCUUAGCAGAGAGGCCGUUUACAAGGCACAUCACAAAGGUACUGCUGCUAGUAAGAAAAAAAAGAAAGCAAAACUGCAACGUGUUAUGCGCAGCAUGAAAAGGCAACAACGUCUAUCGUCAGAAAAGAGUAGUUCAAAUUCUUACUCUCCUUUAACACAUCUAAAAAAUGCACAGGGUUUCGCAGAGGAGCUGUUUUCCCGUCUUCGGAAAUGUAAUGAACGAUUUGAGGUUAGGAUGAUGAUAAUGAAAGUAAUUGCCAGAACUAUUGGGAUGCACCGCUUGGUUUUGUUAAACUUUUAUCCCUUUCUUCAAAGAUAUGUUCAGCCUCAUCAACGUGAUGUUACAGAGUUGCUAGCUGCAGCAGUCCAGGCCUGUCAUGAUAUGGUUCCACCUGAUGCUGUUGAGCCACUAUUCAAGCAAAUAGUAAAUCAAUUUGUGCAUGACCGCUCUCGCACUGAGGCCAUUGCUGUUGGACUGAAUGCCAUAAGGGAGCUAUGCCUGAGGAUACCUUUGUUGAUGGAUGAAGAUCUUCUCCAAGACCUUGUUCUGUACAAGAAAUCACACGAGAAAGCAGUCUCUACAGCAGCUCGGUCAUUAAUCACUUUAUUCAGAGAGAUAUGCCCUUCACUAUUGAUCAAGAAAGACCGUGGCCGCCCCAUUGAUCCCAAAGCCAGGCGUAAAGCAUUUGGAGAAGUUAGUGUAGCUGGUAAUGUCCCUGGCAUAGAGUUGCUUCAGGAUGAUGACUCCAUGAACAGUAGCUCGGAUGGUGAGGUGAACCCUUCUGCAGAAGAAAAUGGAGAGGUCGAAGAGAGUGAUUCUGUUGGAACCGAUGAUGAGAAUGUAGUUUUGGAGGAAGAAGAUGAAGAUGCAGUGUCCAAGGAAGAAGAUGAGGAGGAUUCUGCAGAGGAAGAUGAUGCAGGGGAAGUUCAUGGCAGUGAUACUGAUAGUGAUGAUAAUGACAUUGAAGGUUAUGAUGAAGGCAUCAAUGAUCAAGAUGGUGAUGCUGAUCUAGAUGAUGAUGACGCAGAUGUCAGGGAUGAUGGUGAUGAUGGUGGUCAGUCUGAUGAUUGUGAUGACACAGAUCGAGAAAAAGAGGAGAAGUCGAAUCCUCAGAAGAGGAAGUCUGUUGACUAUGUUGGACAUUUGAAUGCUGCAGACACUAGUCUUCGAGCUUUGAAGAAAAUAGCAGUAGCCAGGACGGAAGUCGGGCCAUCAGAUACAACUGAUGGAAUUCUGUCUAAUGAAGAUUUCCAGCGUAUAAAAGAAUUGAUGGCAAAGAAAGAAGCUAAGCUGGCCUUGGCUCAACAAGGUCUUGUAAAGAAGGGAGUCGAUGCUAGGUCAGCACCUUUUAAAGUUCCCUCUUCUGAGCAGCUAAGUACGAAGCGUGUAGAUCCUGCUGUGCUUGAGGUGAACAUCAGAAGAAAGUUCAGCAAAGAGGAGAGAUUGGCUUUAGUGAGAGCAGGGAGAGAAGACAGGGGGAAAUACCAGGCCAGAGCUGCUGUGAAGCAGAAAAAGACCGGUGGUCUUAGCAAUCGCCAAAAAGAGCACAAGAAGGCGAUGCCUCUUGCUGCAAAAAGAAGAAAAAUUGCUCGUUCUCGCCAAGAGAAGAAGAAACAAGAUAGAAGGUCAGGAAAGCAGUUCAGGGGCAAGAAAGCUUGGAAAUAAGCUUGGCUCCUUUCUCGCCUUCACCAGUUUUUUCCUCUAUACAUAUUAUAGUUUUGAGCUUAUAUUCUUUCCCCGUUUUGUUUUUGCAACGUGUGUCGUGUUUCGGAUGAUAUUUCUGAUUUUCAGUCUAGAGUUUAGUUGUUACUUUACCUCUUUUUUUUUCUUUUUUCGGAGAUUUAUGUGGAUUUUGUUGGCCUUGAGAAGUGUGUCGAGAAUAUGGUGAGGUGCGUAAUAAUUGUUAGGGGGUUUUUGUUUGUAGGCCUAAAA